ACCCUAUAAAGGGUGAGUAGCCCGCUCCGGGGAGUCUCAGGCCUCCGGCUCGCCCACUGAGCCCCGUGACGCCCGGGCGAGCCCAGCUCCCUCCGCCGGUUCCCGGGAGCGCCAGGCCUCGACUCGUGCGCAGCGAACGCCGCGCCGUGCGCCACGUGAGGCGGAGCCCGCCCCCCCCCCCCCCGAGCGGCGCGCGCACCCGGCGCUGAGCGUCGCGUGACUCGGCCGGCGCGAGGGGGUGAGCGCCCCGGCCGGGCUGCGCCGCGCCACUUCCGACGCGGCGCUCGCUUCAGGUUCCGGGGCGCGCCGCCUCGGAUCGCGGCCUGGGAUCCGGCGGGAUGGAGGAGGCCGCGCUCGGGGAGGCCGAACUCAACUGGUCCCGCCUCAGCGUGUCGGCCGAGGCCCUGGAGUCGGAGCUGGAGGCGCGCACCGAGGAGCGGCGCGGCUCGCGGGAGGCGCUGCUGCGGCUGCUGCUGCCCUACAACCGCCUGACGUCGCUGCCGCGGGCGCUGGGCGGCGGCUUCCCGCACCUCCAGCUCCUGGAUGUGAGCGGCAACGCGCUCACGGCGCUGGGACCCGAGCUGCUGACGCUGAGCGGCCUGCGCACGCUGCUGGCCCGGAACAACCGGCUCGGCGGCCCCGGCUCGCUGCCCAAGGGCCUGGCCCAGUCGCCGCUCUGCCGCAGCCUCCAGGUGCUCAACCUCAGCGGCAACUGCUUCCAGGAGGUGCCCGCCUCGCUGCUGGAGCUGCGCGCGCUCCAGACCCUCAGCCUGGGCGGCAACCAGCUGCAGAGCAUCCCCGCCGAGAUCGAGAACUUGCGGAGUUUAGAAUGUUUAUACCUUGGAGGAAACUUCAUUAAAGAAAUCCCACCAGAAUUAGCAAAUCUGCCUUCUCUGAAUUACUUGGUGUUGUGUGACAACAAGAUCCAAAGUGUGCCUCCUCAGCUCUCACAGCUGCAUUCGCUUCGAUCCCUCAGUCUGCACAACAACUUGCUGACAUACCUGCCUCGAGAGAUCCUCAAUCUUAUUCACCUGGAAGAGUUGAGUUUACGAGGAAACCCAUUGGUUGUUCGUUUUGUUAGAGAUUUAACAUAUGACCCUCCAACUCUUCUGGAAUUAGCCGCAAGGACCAUUAAGAUCCGAAGUAUUUCUUACACUCCCUAUGAUCUUCCUGGGAAUCUGCUUAGAUACUUGGGUUCAGCCAGCAAUUGUCCAAACCCGAAGUGCGGAGGAGUCUAUUUUGACUGUUGUGUCAGACAAAUUAAGUUUGUGGAUUUCUGUGGGAAGUACCGCCUCCCCCUCAUGCACUAUCUGUGUUCUCCAGAAUGUUCCUCCCCCUGCAGCUCUGCCUCACACAGCUCCACCUCCCAGAGUGAGUCUGACUCAGAAGAUGAGGCAAGUGUUGCUGCACACAGAAUGCAGAAAGUUCUUCUUGGUUGAGCAGCAGUGGGUAUUGAAAAACACUAAAACACUGAGCGGAAAUGACUUAAAAAGAAACCGGGUCUUGAAGUUGGAGACCUGAGUAUUUUCAUCCUGAAUGUCCAUGUAAGAUUUGCCAUGAUGUGAAAGAAAGGUUUUGUAUUCUAUCUACACAUUCAGCAGGAGUGAGUCCAGUCCUGUGCUUAGAUUCUUUGAGUAACUUAUUAUGAAUGGCAGUUCAAAAUUUAGCUGGUUGGCCAUACUCUUCAUGUAAGUCUUUGAAGAAACACUAACAGAAUGGUUCAUUCUGAAGAACAGUCAUGUAUCAGCCGGAAAUGGUGUCACCUGGGACAGCUGAGUGGAAUGGAGCUCAUCACAGCUGGGACCAGGGCUGUCCUGGUUUAUGCUGAACACUAUACAUAAAUAAAAUGAAACUUCUCACUGUGUUACCCCUGGACUGUUGAAAGCCUUUCUGACCAACUGACUGGACAGGAAGGACUGUAACUUUUAAUAUGUUUUAACCAGCUCUUGUUUUGUGUGAUUGUUACUAACUUUAUAUAAUAUAGCAGUGAUGUGUUAUAGUGCCUUAAUCCUAGCAAGAUUAUGGAAGCUUGUUAUAGAAAGUAUUUCAGAGCAACCUACAACCUGACACUGUGCAAACCACUUGGAAAUAUUCUUAACCAACUAGUUGAACAAUUGUAUAGAUAACACCUGAGUUCUGAGGUCCUGGAACUCUGUAGAAUGGACUGGCCUGGAACUCGAGAGCCACCUGGGAGAUCUCCCACCUGGCAAUUCCAGGGGUCCUCUGCCUCCCUAGUUGCUGAUAUUACAGGUGUACACCACUAUCUGCUUCCAUGGCCAUCUUCAUUUGUGUUAACUGCAAUGAUCUCUUCUAAGUAAAUGGAUUUUACACUUAAUGAGAGGCUGAAGUCUUUAUUCACCAAAAAACAGAAUAAUAGUUUUGGGCCAAAACAUCUAAAUGACAAGUAGUCUAAGAAUGCCUGCUUUACAAUAUUGGACUAAAUGAGGAAAAGUCGGACAUAGUUGUGCACACCUUCAGACCAGCACUUGGGAGGUAGAGGCAGAAGAUCAGGACUUCAGAGUUGACCUAGGCUCCAUAGUAAAUUUGAGGCCAACUUGGGCUACAUACAUGAAAACUUAUCUCAGUAUGGAAGGGGGUGUAUUUUAACAAACAUCAAGUGUGCCUCCUUUGUUCCUCUCCUUUUCUAAACCAAGACUUCCUCUACAUUUAAAAGAAAAACUACAAGUGCACAAGUGAGUGAAGCAGAGCCCAUGUCCAGGAGUUCACAGAGCCAGCAUUGAGAGAACAUUAAAUACAUCCCUAAGGCAUGGGAGAAAAAGAGUAACACAAAUUGUUGUCAUUGGAAAUUAAUAAAUUUCACUAACUAGGUGAUUAGGCAUUUUAAAAAUACUAAAAGUAUAAGCUAACAUUAAAAAUAUGUAACUCUCACUGUUGGUCAUUAACCAACCUGUAAUAACAGGAAGCCUAGUUGGUAAGUGCCAAAAGUAGUUUCAGAUUGCAGUAGGGCAUCAGGUGAUCUCUUGAAGAGUGCUUUAUUAGAAGCCAACUGUAUGCUUAGAGUAUUUGUGUGUUAGGUUUCUUGUAUAUAUUAUUUUAAUAGAAUAUAUUAGUAGGUUCUAGGGUAAUUCAGGGUUUGUAUGUGUGUAUUACGUCAUGAAACACGAGAGUUUCGUGGCUGCAGUUGUGAAACGCUGCUAUAGUGAGUCCCCUUACCUUUCCCUCGGAAUAGUGUAGUAAGAUUAUUUUUUUCUUUUUUCUUUUUUUUUUUUUUUGAUUUAGAAAUAUUCUUCCUGUGUAUAUAGAAAUGAUGUUUCUACUGCUAAUAUAAUAGUAUGAUAGACAGUAUAAAGUCUUUGUUUAUUUCUCCAAGUAAGCAUCUGUGAGCUGCAGAUUGCAAGGUUGGGAAAAACAAAGAUGACUUGUAAAUGCUUUGUAAUUAGAUAGAUCAUUUAGUUAAGAAACACUGCUCAAAUUUGAGUUUGAAUGCUCAAAUUGAUGGGACCAUAUUCUUCUGGAUUAAAUACUUGUACUUUCUUGAUUGAUAGUCACCUUGACUUAAAUAAUAGUUUUCGUAGCAUUUUAGGAAUUACUUGUAAAUAGCCUUGUAAAUAGAGCUUUUAACCAUAUGUAUCCUUUCUAACCUCCUAGAAAGAAAGUAUAUCGUUUCUUCUUUUAUAGUUGUAAAUACUCCAGCCUGAGAUAGUUUCUAACCUGCACCAUAUGGAUGUAUCCUAUGGUGGUGUUCUUUAUGUGUAGAGUUCGAGUCUGCACAGUGAGCCAGGUCAGUGUGCAGCUUUGGCGGGGGUGGGGAUGCUGGGGACAGUUAUGGGUGGAGGGGGGGACCUGGUGCGUGUUAAGCAAGCUACAGUUCACACCUGGCUCUGGUCGCUUGUAAUGAAAUCUGCAGUUAGCUUUUACAUUUUUUGAAACUCAUCUUGGCCUUAUCUCUUACAGAAGUUGCUAGUGAUUUCUUAAUUUGUUUUCUUUUUCAUAUUUUUUUAACUGAUGAGUGUAUAUCAGCUUCCUGUAAUAGGAACUGGCCGUCUAGAAGUGAGACGAUCAUCUUCUGAAGUCAGCGGACUGUUAAGUGGUAGUCAGCCUCGUUAGUUAUGAGUUGCAUGUUUAUCUAGCUAAUGCAUGCUUAGAGUUUCGAAAUCAGCAAGGUCUAAUUUUUAUUAUACAGUUAUUUUAUUUUCUGAGACAGGGCCCGGCUGUGUAGCCCAGGCUAGCCUUGAGCUUGCUUAUGGUAACUCUUGUCUCAACUUCCCAGCUGCUGGGAAUACCGCAUACCCUUACCCUGCUCAAUGUUACUUCAAAAAGUGCCAAAGGUGCCUCUUGAUCUAAAAUCUUGAUAUUUAGAAUAUUAUUGCCAAUAUUAAAAAUAAACGUGCAUUAUAAAUUGUACUUGGAAUAUGUGACAUUUUGGGGUGAUGUAAAUAAAAGUUAAAGUCAACCCUUAAUAGUGCAGCACGCCCCUGCAGACCAGUUCGAACAGACGCUGGGUUUAUGGGAAUCAAAAGAGGCUGUUUGCUGGGAUGUUAAGUAAACAAAUCUUUUAAAGCAACAAAGGGGUAGGGAAAGAGAAAUCAUAGGUACCCAGGCAAACCCCUGAGCCGGUAAGGCCCUGUAGAGUAAUAAUGAAUUGUUAUCUAAAAACCUUAUCACUAGGUUUACUAUUAUUAUUAUGAUUGUUAAUUAUUGGUUCCUACUGCUGGGAAGCUGUUCACAUCGCCCCUCGUAAAGGAGAGCCAGCGAGCUGUCGGGGUUCCCCGGCCUUGCUCUUCCCAGAGUUGGAAAGUAGUCCCUCCUUGACCUGCUGUCUAUAACACAGCAGGCCACCUUGGUUACUGUUUGCCUUGUCCUUGUGCUUUUUAUAACCACAAGUAUUUAGUAGUAGCUAUUUACAAACAUGUUUCCAUGUGAGUGCUUGCAGACACUUCACCAGUAAAUGUAGAUGUGUAAGAUUAUUUAGCUGCAUUUAGUUUUAAAGUGCCUUUACCUAAAUGAUUUGCCUUUCAUCUAAAAGUAGACAUUUAUAAGUAUUGCUCUUUGUUUAGUCCGGAAUAUUUGAGUUUUAAGUUAGACUAGGCAUAUAACACAGUGGAGGUGCUGUGUAGGCUUAGGCAGCAUGACCUUAGCACACAGUUCUAUACCAGUGCUUACAAAGAAGUGUUUGUUUAGCCUUCACUAGUUGUACAUUAGGCAUAUAAUGUUACACAUUAACUCGGUAGUGUGCGGUUUUAUAUUUCCGUCAUAGUGUGAUCUUUAUCAAAAGUGUAGUAUGCAGCAAUGUCCUUUGUGGUCUGAAAGUGUCUGUGUCUUCCAUUUAGCCCUAAGUGUGGGAAAGAAAGUAUGUGAUAAAUUGUCAGUAGUCUUGUGACCUGUAUUUGACUUGGGGACUUGAGGGAGAAAGACUGCCCCUGAGAGGUUCCUUUGCCCACAAGAGGGCCCACUGUGUGUGUAGGAAAUCUGGGGAGGGAAGUCUCAAUCACGCUGUGCCAGAAGAUCAGAGCCAUCCAGAAUCAAGGAUGGUGCCCCACCACUACCACCCACCCCACCCCCCAGUCAAACGGUGUAUCUUUUUAUAUAGUAUUUUAUUUAAAAUGGAUAUUCACCACAAAGGAUAAGAGAAGUUCCACAGUCUUUUGAAAAUACUGUUACUGAGGUCUCGUGUGUUUCAGCAACAGUUUUCAUAUAGGUCAGAAAGGGGGUAGUUUAAUAAGAAUAAAAACCUCCAUUUGUAUAUUUCUUUGUGAUCUGUAUUUACUAGGGAUUGAAGAAGCAUUCCACUAGCUCACAACAUUGACCAUUUAGAAGGCAGUUUUCAUGGGUGCUGCUAGACUUGUACUUUAGUCUCAGUGAUUGAUAAUAUUCAGUCUCAUGUAUGUAUUGAAUCUAGUGGCUUGAUGAAGGCUAUUUACAUGCAGAAAACUAUCUGCAUUCAUCAGAAUAUACUUGAUUCUUUUGGCCAUAAAUAAAUUGAAUAUAACUGUAUUAUUUAAAACUCCAGCUGGAGGAGUCUUAGAUGAGUUGGCAUUGUUGUUUGCUGGCUUUGGAGCCGUAGCUAGGUUGGUUGGUGUUGUGCAUGGGAUGGUUAAGAGACUCACUGUGCACAGUUUACAUGGUCAGCACUGCUGUUGUGAGAAUCAGUGUUAACUCACUAGUCACUUUCUAACUAUCAUGUCUAGACUUGUGUGAGGUGUGUCACAUUCUCAGCCCACUUUGUGUGUGUGAUAAGCAAAGUAAUGGGAAAAGCUUUUUAAAUAACAAGUCUUAGCUUUGUAAAAUUUUUAAAAUUGGGGGUUUCAAAAACAACAAAAGAUGCUGAAAAUAUGUUACCUUUUUCUUGGGUCAAAUCAUUAUGCUCUGACAUCUUAAUUUUCUUUACUUAAAAGUCUAUUAGAAAUAUCUGUAUAAGUAUAUACAUAUUUAAAUUGUAACUCAGAAAUAUGAUUCAGCAGUGGAGUUUGUUUUCUGGAAAAAAUGUAGUCCUAUUGUAUCAAAAUUUAUUUUACUUUAUUAUGGCUAAUUAAGCUAUUUUAAAUUCUUGUGCCUCUUCCCCAAAGGAUAUUAAAUAUGAUCUUAUAUUAACUUUAUAUUCUUUCUUCAUAUAUUUUGCCUUAAACAUUGUGCCUUGUUUUAUUAGAAUGCAAUUCUGGCUUUUGUAACAACAUUUUAUUCUAAGUAGACAUUUACUUUAAAAAAAACUCCUUAUAGUACUUAGGUAUAUCACUGCUUAUCUGUUUAUUGAAUACACAACUCCGAACAUUUAGCGUGUUUUGGCAUUUAUUGUAUGUGCUAGAUAAAAGAGAAAAUAAAGUUAUAGUGUGUUCCUC